GUGUGUAACAACUGCGGAAGUGAGCAGAGCCGCGCGAGCGUAUGCGACUGUUAGAGGGCUGCUGUGUUUAUUAUACAUCACUUUGGGAUAAACCUCCGUCAAGAUGUCAGGUUUCGACAGUAACCCGUUCGAAAACCCAGUAGACGUCAAUCCUUUUCAGGAUCCCUCUGUCACACAGGUGACCCAUUCUGGAGUGGAUCAUAUGCAGCAAUACCAGCCUUUCCCUGCCAAUGACUCUGGAGCUCUGACAGGCACCACUAUCCCAGCCUCUACUGUUCCGUCCCAGCCUGCCGUGCUGCAGCCCUCUGUGGAGCCGAGCCCUCAGGCAGCCGCAGCCGCAGGGCAGGCCAAUCUGCUGAGACAGCAGGAGGAGCUGGAGAGGAAAGCAGCCGAGCUCGAGCGCAGAGAACAGGAGCUGCAGAGCAGAGAGCGAAUUACAGGCAAAGAGAACAACUGGCCUCCAUUCCCCAAAGCACUUCCCAUAAAGCCAUGCUUCUAUCAGGACUUCUCGGAGGAAAUUCCAGAGGAGCACAGACGGCUCUGCAAAAUGAUGUAUUACCUGUGGAUGCUGUAUUGUGUGACACUGUUUUUAAACGUGCUGGCGUGUCUGGCGUACUUCACGGCUAAAGCCGAUUACGGAGUGGAUUUUGGCCUCUCCAUUCUGUGGUUCAUCCUCUUCACCCCCUGCUCUUUCCUCUGCUGGUUCCGGCCCAUCUACAAGGCAUUCAAGACCGACAGCUCCUUCAGUUUCUUUUCCUUCUUCUUUAUCUUCUUUGCCCAAAUUGCAGUGAUGAUUAUUCAGUGUGUCGGUAUACCCCGAUGGGGCAACAGCGGUUGGAUUUCGGCUCUCACUGAGAUCAGCGGCCACCUGGCUGUGAGUGCAGUAAUGAUGGUGGUUGCAGUUUUCUUUACCGUGUGCGCUGUGCUAUCGGUCAUCCUUCUGAAAAUGGUUCACUCUCAUUACCGCCGCACCGGUGCGAGCUUCCAGAAAGCGCAGCAGGAGUUUUCUCAGGGCGUCCUCACCAAUCGCACGUUCCAGAACGCAGCGGCAAGCGCAGCCGCCUCAGCAGCCCAGGGUUCCCUCCAGAGGAACUAAUUUCAGCAGAGAACAGCCCGAUUCCCCUCAGCCACCUCAGAGCCACAGUGCCGUAGCGUACGCCAGUGUAGGCUGUGCAGCUCCCCCAUAAUGCUUUGGUCUUCGGACAGUAGAGACAACACUUUGGGAGUUCACAUAGAGUUGUAUGUGAAGCAGAGGGGAUGAAGUUACAGCACUCAGUAGCGUGUCUGUAUAUUUGUAUGUAUGCUUACAGUUUGAAUGCGUAUUGUGAUAUAUAUAUUUUUGCUCUAAACUAAAUUAAGGGUUAGCCACCUCGGUUAAGGUACAACAGAAUCAUCAGUGUGUCUGUAUCACAGAAUGACAAUGAACAAAACAGACUUUUCUCCUAAGUGAUGACUGCUUAACUGGGUUCCUUUGCUUGCAUUUGGCUAAUAAAUUCUUGUGCUUGGAGGUUUAUUUAGUAACAACUCCAAACAGUGGACUUAUUGUGCCUUGCAAUUUCAGUCUUAUUGUAUUCAUUCAUUUACUACAUUCUGUCAAAGUGCCAUUAAUUCUUGGGAAAAACAAAUGAAAACAAAAAUGGAGGGGAACUGUUCAUUCAGUGAACUGUGUUCAUUCCAGUGUCAAAUGUACAAAUGAGUGAAUUAUUCUGAAACAGCACUGGGAUUGUAAAGUUUAAUGGUAUUUCACAUAGCGAGUUGAUCAGAGAGCCAAAACAUAAGACAGUACUGACCUUCAGCUAAUUUUUGAAUACUGCUCACUUUUAUAUGAUGAAGGAUAAAUAUCCAAAUGCAAGUGUCUGAUCUCUGCCAUGCCUGUAAAUAUAUCAAAAGAUUUAAAUGUUAUCUGAUGUUGAUUAUUAGUGGCCUUUUGAGUGUGAUUAUGUUUCUCAGAAAAAAAAAAUCUUAGCAUGUUUGAAUUUUCUAAACAAAUGCUUAGAGGUUUUUUUGCACCUUAAGGAAGGGAUAAAUAAAUAAAUUUAACAGUAAUGGGUUUUGUGAAAUUUAUAAAAUUGUGUAUUUUUCCAGAUAUAGUGAUUAAGUAAAUAAUAAAAAAAGAAUACUCUUUUUAA